ACAGGCUUAGCUGCGACGUCCACGCAGUAUGAGAGGGUUUGUAUUCCGUUGACUUGCUGCUGCACCGUUCUUUCUACCGCUUUACUCUCAAGAAGAAGAAGAAGAAGAAGAACAAGCAAAGCAUUUGUUUUACGAACUCAGACAAAUCAUCAUGGCUUUGGACGGAUGUGGCAUCGUCUGCAAAUAUAUCCUCGUCCUUUUCAACCUCAUCUUUGCGAUUGUGGGGUUUGCCUUCCUGGGUCUGGGCCUUUGGCUGAGAUUCAGUGAGAACACCAGAGGCAUUUUUGAAAUCCAGUCCCUUAACUCAAGUGCAUUUGUGAUGGGUGUGACAGUUCUGAUUACUCUGGGUUCAGUGAUGCUGAUUGUGGUGGCGUUUGGAGACUACGGCGCCUGCAAUGAGAAAAGGUGUUCUCUGGUUGUGUUCUCCGUCCUUCUGGUCAUUCUGGCUGUAGCUGAAGUGCUUUGUGGACUGCUUGCUUACACCCAGAGAAAUGCGGUUGGAAAUAGCAUCGCAGAGUUCUACGUCAGCAUGUAUGCGCUGUAUGUGAAAGGGAAUGGAGAUCCAGCCAUUGGCGUCACGCUCACAUUCAUCCACAACCUGCUUGGCUGCUGUGGCGUGACUGGAUUUAAGCUGAUCGAGCUGGCUCAACAGACCUGUCCCCAGGCAUAUAUAUCGUCUAGUUGUCCUGGGGUGAUCUCGAAUGUCUUUGACAGCAAUGCAUCACUGGUGAUGUCCAUCUUUCUUGGCACUGGAGCUCUUCUGAUAAUAGCUCUGAUCUGCAGCAUUACGCUCUCUUGCAAGAUUCGCCUUUCUGCUUCAACACCUCAGUACAUUAUCCUGACUCAGUCCACCUCUGUCCCUCGGCCAUCCGAGCAGGAACUUGUCUCCACCGCCUACUCCCACCUUGACCAGGACCCAGUCAUUUUCACCCCCCUCACUGUGGCUAACAUCCCCAUCGCUCAGACCUAGUGUUCUUUGGUCACUUUUCACUCUCAGAAAUGUGCUGUCUUUUGGGGUUUGUUCACAGUGCUCUGGCUUGGAGAAAAUAAAUAUAUUGCACAUUUUACCCACUUUUCUACAUCUAUCAGCUCCUGUAAAGCUCCUUUAAAAAGGAAAAAUUUAUUCUCUUUCACACUAAAAUUAUACCUGUAUACGUGGGUUAGGGUAAACCUGAGUGAACCUGUUGCCAGUACCACAGUCUGGUGUUUGUCACCUGUGCUUAAAUUGCCACGUCACAAAUGCAUCAGGAACACCACCUUAAAGCUCAGUGACUGUUACAGGUGUUAUCACCUCACAUCGCUGAAAUGAAAACUCCUUAAAGACAAUGUUAAUGUUUGUGAUGGAUAAACGUUUAGACCACAAAAUGCACAUUUUUCCCCUCACCAACAACUGACCACAAGUUAAAUAUCAGUGCUGCCCCACAGUGGAAAAAGUAGAGUUCACUACAAUAAUUAUUUUUGACCAGUGGGAAUGGGGAAAUGUAAAAGACCUGGCUGUUUUGUAUUUUUUCCUCCUGGGCCACAUUCAUGUACACACAAGGAUUCUCCUUUAAGGGAUUUUCUAUUUGAUUCACAUUUUCAACAGACAUGGACUACUACACUACAUUUAAACUGCUUCAUUUCCCACUCAACCUUACUUACUAAAAUCUGUCUCUAAGAUGUCUUUCUGUUUUGGCAAAACAAUCAAUUCCGUUUCCAUUUAACAGCUAAAGAAUAAAUUAGUAGAAUUAAUAGUUUCCUUUACAGGUCCUGCAUGUUGCUGAAUUAACACAUUUGGCUUUUUCCUUUUCCACACUAGCUAUGUGGCUCUGUAGACUGUUUUAUUUUUGGGGUAAUGGCUGUGUGCAGCUGCUCCCUCAUGUCUGCUUAUUCUAUGGCUGCAGAUUUAAUCCUUGGGAGGUCCCAAGGUGGAAUAAUCAGGAUUUUCACUGCACAGCUUUGUCCCAUCCUCUCUCUUUACUUCCCCUCCACCUUCUGUGUCCGCAUGACAGAUUACUGCCCUGGUCUGCGCGGGGAUCCUCCUGAGACAGAUCAAGAGAGUCAAUGAGGAGAUCUCCAAGUACUAUUCAGCCGUGUACUGAGGAAGAGUAUUCUUUUUUCCCUUCAGCUCUUCAAUAACAAAAAAAAAAGGGGGGGGACCAUUGCUAAAACUCAACCAGCAAAUCAGUGUUUACACGCUUUAUUUUGUAUAUCAACAACCGAUUAAUUAUUUUGGAACUAUAAUACUGUUUCCAAAACCAUUGCAUUGAGCCAAUAAACUCAGCCACCGUCUAAUUGCAAAACAAUCAACCUACCAUAAGAGCCACCAUCAAUAUUAUAUUGUGAUUUUUCAAAAGAAUUCAUGCAGUGCAAAAUGGAUGUUGCUGAUAAACUAUUAUUCAUCCAACAAGAAACAACCAGCCAGCACAUGCGUACACGCCUGACAGGUCGGUGGAUCACUGUUGUCGGUGGAGAAUGAAAACACUGUCAUUUAAUAAAACGCAUUCAUUUGACAUGAGUAUGUUCACGUGCCUGUUACAAGUUCAAGCACCUCUUAGUUUGCGGCGUUUUGUAACAUGUGUGCAGCUCUUAGAUUUAGAUUUUGCGCUUUUUCCCCCGCGAUUCUGUGCCAAAUGUUUCUGCAUCUGCACUGAGUGUUUGUUUUCUAUUCAACACGUUAAUGCUAUAGAUGUUUGAUGUUACAAGAGUAUUUUUUAUUAAAACCACUUUAUUCAAUGCAUUCCACUUUAUUUCCUUUACCACACAAAUGUGUUCAGAGGGCCAGAAAAAAACUAUGUGACAGACCUUUAUUUUUAGGAGUGAUAGAAAUCCUCUGCAGGCUCUGCUUGGGGCUGUUAAACCGUCCCUAAACAUUUGAACUGACAUGCCUUGGAGAUGUCAAGUGUCAAGUGCUGCCUGUAAACGGUGGUACAGAAUUAAAAGUACUGCCAUCAAAGUAAAUAUUGUUUAGCUUUUCUACCCUCGGGUGCCUUUUCCUUCUACAAGCUUCUGUGGCCAAAUAAAUACUCAUUAAGA